AUGGGGCGCGACAAAAUGGCGACUCUGCUGGGGACAUUAGCCAUCCCCCUCUCCUCUCAAAUUUUUCCGGCGAACGCCAGAGGUAGCGACGCCCCACCCGCUCUUCACAGCCGCUACUCCUCCUCCUUGAAUCCUGCUCGCUCUUCUCUUCCUCUUCUCAACUCCAGCGAGCUUCCACGCAGCUCCAAUCAGCAGCGACCAGUAGGAGAAGGCAGCGCUGCAACCGGAGACAACCGCCAGCAGCAGCGACCGGCAUGGACAGCAACGGCCCACCAGCAGCCCGAGCAACAAACGACCAUCUCUCUCUCCCCUCAGCGCCAACAACUCCAACGCCCAGCGAACCUCCGACUGACGAAAACUCUGCUACAGCGACUCCGCGUAUCAAGAAAAGCAGCAGCCGCCAGACGCCGCUGCUUCCUUCUUAGAUAUCUUGCAAAAAUUGGGGCUUUACAUCUCCUCAGUGAAGAUGACACGCCCAUUUCUCUGGAACAUGUAUACAACAAGGUUGCAAAAGGAAAAAAUGGAUGUUCCUUGGAAUAUUAUGAAGCAUAUAAGCACUUGAAAUCUCUUGGUUAUAUAGUUGGGCGUCAUGGGAUUCCUUGGUCACGAAGAAGGUCAAAAGCAAAUAGUAUUGUUAACCAAGACACGCUGGAGCCUGCUCAAAGUGGAGAUGAAGAAUCAAGAAACAGCAUUCUCAUCUAUGAAAUGAUUAAUAAUAUGCAGAUUGGUGGAUUGAAACUGGCCUUUGACGUUUACCCUCCUAAUAGCAGAUUCAGAAAGUCUGCUCCUGGUGAUCCCUGUUUUGUACUUUGUCUUGCUAGUGAGUAUCCGCCCUCCAAAGAAGAAAUUGAAGAUCUUGAGAGACAUUCUCAUGGUAUUCCGUUGAAAUUCUGUCUUGUUGAGCAUGGACGUUUGAGCUUUUUCACAUUCAACAAAGUUGAGCUCCCCAUCCUUCCAUGAUCCUUUCGAGCAACAGAUACAAAUUUUGGCAUGCCCUGUGAAGAGCUGUGGUACAAUUAUGAAUUUUUAGUUUGUGGAUUGGUGCUUAAUCGUUGUUUAAUCACAACACAUUAUUAAUGAAACAACAGAUAACAAGUCUCGUCUUCUUAGCCUUCAGUGCUAAAGUACGUGUUACAGUGGUGAAAUUUACUCUUUGCCAAAGCCCUAGAAACAUGUUUAUCCCUUGGCUGCUGGACUGCUGUAUCAUUUUGAGCUCCUUUGCAUCAGUCUUUUCACAAUUUUAUCAGCUUCCCAUCCACUUUGUCAAAUUCUAAAACUUAUAUUGUUUGUGAAGUUCCAAUUGAUUGGUGUUUACAUGGUGAAUCUUUUUACUAUGUGAGUUAGUUGCGUGAGACUCAUUUGAA